UCACAUACAUCCUGGCGUUCGUAUGUCUAUUCCAAGGGAUAAAGGUUUCAGGCAAGGUGGUGUACGUUACCGUGGGCGUUCCUUACAUCCUUAUUGCUGUCUUCCUCAUCAGGGGCUGUCUACUUCCGGGUUCUGCUGACGGCAUAUAUUUCUUCAUUUAUCCACAUUUUGAGAGGCUGUUGGAUCCAAAGAUUUGGAUUGAGGCCUCUAAUUUUGCCCUGCUUACAGUCGGAAUUGCGUUUGGGUGUCUUCCAACUAUGGCAGGACACAACAAAUUCAACAAUAAUUGCUUCAGGGACGCUGUGACUUUAGUGGCGGCUGUUGCUUUGACAUCCGUAUAUAUUGGUUUUGCCUUCUUCGCUAUCAUGGGUCACGUUGCCUACCAACGUGGUGUGACUGUGGAGGCAUUUCAGUCAUCAGGAUACAACCUUGGAUUCAUCACUUACCCAGAAGCCCUCGGUUCACUCCCCUUGCCUCAGAUGUGGUCUGCCUUGUCCUUCUUGACGUUGAUAACACUCGGAAUAGACUCUCUGUUACCAUGUUUUGAGAUCGCAAUAACAGCAUUGUCAGAUCAGUUUCCAAGCCUGUCUCGCCAACGUUGGGUUAUCAUCCUCAUGGUCCUGGUGCCAUGUUUCCUCCUUGGUCUACUCUACAUGACACAGGGAGGAAUGUACAUGCUUACACUGGUGGACUGGUAUGCGUUUUUCCCGUCAAUAGCAGUUUUUGGCAUGUUGGAAUGCAUUGUUGUCAGUUGGAUCUAUGGAACACAUAGGGUGGAGAAGGUCGUCAACUCGAUGUGGGGGAAGACAGUUCCAAGAGUCAUGACCUUCAGUCUGAAAUUCAUCAGCCCAGGACUUCUUUUGAUCAUCUUCUGCUACUCCCUGUACUCCUACCGACCCCCUAACUAUGGUGACUACAUCUACCCUACCUGGGCCACUGGACUUGGAUGGAUGAUAUCCUUUGCUUCAAUCUUACCUUUGCCUGUUGUCUUCAUCUGGACGGUGUACAAAACAGAGGGACAUACAGUCAAAGAGAAAUUAAAGAAUUCGAUGGAACCCGGCACACACUGGAGGCUGUCUUCAUCAUUUGCAGUGACCUCUGAAACCGCAGUUGACACACGAAUUUAAACCAAUUCAAAGUCAUUAAUACGAUUCAAUAUCUAGAUAAUGGGUUUGGCGAUUUUCACAGUUGAGACACACAACAACGUAAAAUGCUUUAGAGACAUGAAUCGUCACAAGGUAGAAAAUGCAUAUAGAUCAAACAUAACUGACAAAUAUAUAGUUGCAAAACCUUGAAUAUGUGAAUCACUAGGAAUAAUAGGUUUAUUACCAUUUAUGAUGUAUCUGAUUAGUGAUAUAUUUGUUAGACGAUAGUGUUUAAACCAUUUAAUUGAGAUACAUUGAAACAGUGCAAAACAAGUCUAAAUGAUUGCUAUAAAGCAUUAAUGAAAUCUUGUAAUUUUGUACAUAAUAAACUAUUUGCCACAAC